AUGCCAGGUCCUACCCAACCCACUCCGCCAUCGUCGACGUCUUCUGCUAAUGGACUAUCUCCGGAGGAUCAACCGUAUCGCGUGGUGCGGAAGCGUAACCGAGUUCCACUGUCGUGUGCGCCAUGCAGACACCGCAAGCUGAAGUGUAAUCGUGGACAUCCAUGCGACAAUUGCUCGAAGCGUGGCGAUACUGGAGCCUGCAGCUAUGCCACUCCUGGAAGCCGGAAGAAGGGAGGCAGCAGUGGCGCAAGUACUACGCCGGACGACAUGCAAAACCGAAUCGAUCGUCUGGAAGGUCUUGUGCUUUCCCUCAUGACCAACGGCGGCUCACAACCCGGAGCAACGGCGGCAGCACAGGCGGCCAUCAGUGGUAGUAGGAGCGACAGCAUAGGAGUCGCAUCAGAUUUGAGGCUAGACGCAAACGGUGCGGAUAUGAUUCCAGAGGAAAGUGAAGAGCGAGGCGAGGAUGAAAGCGAAGUCGGCGAUCUCUCACAAAGCAUUGGUAUCAUGAAGAUGAACGAUGGCAAAGCCAUCUUUGCUUCCGAUGCCCACUGGUAUGCCAUCCUUGGAGAAAUCUCAGAAGUGAAGAAGUACUUCGACAAUCACAAGGAGGACUAUAUGCAGCACUUGGCCAAAGUGAAGGGAGCAUCGGCAUCCACCGCUGGGACCUCUUUCCUUCUGCAAGGCACGUCCGCAAAAGAUAAGGGCGAGGUCAUGGCGGCGUAUCCAUCCAAAGCAGACGCGGAUCGACUGAUUGCGAGGUACUUCAACGCCUAUGAUCCGUCCGUACACAUUAUCCACGGUCCCUCCUUCCAGAAGCAGUACGAUAAACACUGGCUGAACCCUAACGAGACAUCAGUCGUCUGGCUCGGCAUGUGCUUUGCGAUGAUGACGCUAGCGUUGCAGUCAUACAAUCGAGCCGGCGACGAGCCACCGGAGUAUCGUGGGAGGUCGCUAGAGCUCUCGCAUGAGUUCCGAAAACUCACAGCACAAUGCCUACUACUUAGCGACAUCACACAAGGCAAUCCGCAAACUCUGGAAACUCUGGUCUUACAUGUCCAGGCAGAGUAUGGACGCAGCAGAGAUGCUGAGCCUGCAGUCCUGCUAAUGACAGGGAUAUGCGUGCGGUUGGCAAUGCGUAUGGGCUACCACCGAGACCCAGGUCCUUUCCCCGGUAUAUCUCCAUUUGAGGGCGAGAUGCGGCGGCGAGUCUGGACUUUUGUCCGGCAAUGCGAUUUGCUCAUAUCUUUCCAAUUCGGGUUGCCCGCAAUGAUCAGAUGCGACCAUGUCGACACUCAGAUUCCUCGGAAUCUCUACGAUGAUGAGCUUUACGAGGAUAUGAAAAGUCUGCCACCCUCACGAGCGGUGUUUGAGGCAACUCCCAUGUCGUACAUGAUUACAAAAUCGAAAAUGGCAUACCUGUUCGGCCGGAUCGUAGAGCGGGCUCAAUCAGUAUCAAAUCCUCCGUCGUAUGAUGAGACGUUGAAGUUCGAUGCUGAGUUGAGAGAGGCGAGGUCCUCACACCCUCCAUUGCUACAGAUGCGUUCUUUCCAGGAGUCCGCUCGCGACCCUGCGAACCUCAUCAUGCAACGUUUUGGCCUGGAAAUGGUCUACUUGCGCUCAUUAUUCGUGCUUCACAGGAAGUUCAUCGCGAAGGGACGAGAGAAUCCGCGUUUCAGCUAUUCGAGACGAACAUGUUUGAAUGCAUCGAUGGAGCUUCUAGACCACCAAGCGACCUUACACCGUGAGGCUCAGCCCGGCGGUCGUCUGAGAUCGGUGAAGUGGUACAUAUCCUCAUUGACCACACACGACUUCCUUCUAGCUGCCAUGCUGGUCUGCCUGGAUCUGUAUCACACAGCCGAAAGUGAGCGUGCGGGUCGCCGAUCCACUUCCGAUCCGUCCUCACCACUAGUACCAGACCUUUGCGAUGGUGAUCGGCGGGAGCAGAUGAUGCAAGCUGUUGCACACUGUAUCACCAUCUGGGAAUCUGUGCGUGACCACAGCAUGGAAGCAUUCAAAGCAUCAACCACGCUGCGAGUCAUGAUGGAGAAGCUCAAAGCACACACCGAAAAGCACAAGAACUUGAAUAGAGAAAACUCAGGGGGGUCCUACAGUUCUGGCUCUUCUCAACAGCAGCCGCAGAGUAUGUCAAACGCUUACCCGCAGCGGGCACCCAACUACAGCAUGUAUUCGAAUGGCCACGUAGGAGAGGUUAACACAGACGAUCUUCCACCUGAGCAAAGCGCGGCAAUGACACUUGGUAUGCUUUCCAGCGGUGGCAUCUCACCCGGCCCUGGCUUUGGAAUGAACAUGUCAUCUGUACCGGAGAAGACUACCUCCCAGCCAUAUCCCGCUAGCAUGGCGGCCUUGUUGAAUGACCCCAUGACGACCGAGCAGCCGCGGACGGGUCUGAUACCACAGUACGCUGGACCUGACGCUUUGAAUGCCGGCCCAGCAAGUCCCAUGAGUCAGAUGAUGGCGAAUGCGGGAUUCAUUGGAAUGGACGGUGCUGAUAUCGACUGGGGCGCUUGGGACUCUUAUAUUCAAGGCACCAACACGGGCAUGGAUCCCAAUCUUUCGUGGCCCAUGAAUAUGGACAUGGCCAACGAUGCUACCGGGUCAUCACAAGGUCAGCAGCAGAGUCCACAGCAGCAAAACGGCAGUAAUGGCUUCGGUGUGUUUAUGGGCGCUCCAGGAGGAGGAAUGAUGUAG